ACGGACAGAGCUGGGUUAGUCAAGAAGGAGGUCGAAGUUUACGGAGCCUGCGCCUGGCUGGUAUCAACAAGACACGAGGCCGAAGACAUGAUAAAAUAAAUCGAACCACCGGAAUUGCACGCGAUAUUUAAUGAACGGUUCGUGCGGAGUUUCGGUGGGAUUGCACGGUGGAGGUUACAUGUGGUCGUAGCUAGCUUAUCUUGAAAGAAUCAAGUGAAGACAGUUAGCCAACCAUCAAGCCUAGCGGGAAGUGUCCCAGAGAAGUAGCGGGCUGAAGGCAAGUGUUUCUUCGACGAAUCGUUUGACAAAAGGAACAGUUGGACAUUUUAUAGCCAGCCAGCUAGCGAGACGGAGUCGCAUACCGUGCUCACAACACCGGUAUCGUGCUAUAUGCUCUUUAGUGCUUUAACAUGCCUUCUAGUGCUCGUUGUUGAAGCGUCUGCCUACUACUGUCUGCAGACUGUUUUGGUGCAGCAACGACUACCUGAUAGCCACACGCUAGCUAGCUGAUAUUACACGGGUAACUAGCUAACAGCGUGGAUCUACUGGCUCAGUGUCUCGCUUUAACGUCAAAAGACCAAAACUAACAAGCACAUUUUGUUGUCAACUCGGAGGCAUAGUUGUUAGCCAGAUAGCUAGCUAAACCGCUGACCAGUCGGUCAAGAGGAGCAACAUUUCCUCGCCUGAUAAUUUCGCCUUGCUGUGUCAUGACGUUAAAGUGCAAGUCAAGUUAUUUCAAAGAGUAUGCGAGAUAACAACAUUUGGCAUAAGUAGAAAGGGGGGGGGGGGGGGUCAGGAAUCCUUCAGUAAAGUUGGCUACUGUCGACCGUAGUUGAACCAAAGGACUGUAUUUGUAGGUCAGUCUCGACAGCAAAGAAUGAAGAAGUUUUCCCGUAUGCCGAAGUCGGAGAGCGGCGGACCGGGAGGAGGUUCCGGGUCCGGAUCGAGCUCUGGAGCCGUCAGUAACUACUUUGGGAAAGUGUUUGCCGUGGGCCGGUAUCAAGUCACGGUGGAAGAACUCAUAGCAGAAGGGGGGUUUUCUGUGGUGUUUCUGGCCCGGACACACAGUGGAACGCGCUGCGCUCUCAAGAGGAUGUACGUCAACAACGUCCCUGACCUCAACAUCUACAAGAGAGAAAUCACUAUUAUGAAAGAGCUGUCUGGUCACAGGAACAUAGUGAACUACCUGGACUCUACCAUCAACUCAGUAGGGGACAGUGUCUGGGAGGUGCUCAUUCUCAUGGAGUACUGUAAAGCUGGUCAGGUAGUGAAGCAGAUGAAUCAGCGUCUCCAUAUUGGGUUUACGGAGCCAGAGGUGUUGACCAUCUUCACUGAUACCUGUGAGGCUGUGGCCAGGCUGCAUCAGUGUAGGACCCCGGUCAUACACAGGGACCUGAAGGUAGAGAACAUCCUCCUGAGUGAUAAUGGGAGUUAUGUUCUGUGUGAUUUUGGAAGUGCUUCUCUCAAAGUGCUGCUUCCACAUAAAGACGGAGUGACCGCUGUGGAGGACGAAAUCAGGAAGUACACGACCCUGUCAUAUCGAGCUCCAGAGAUGGUCAACGUGUACGCAGGGAAGCCCAUUACCACCAAGGCUGAUAUAUGGGCUCUUGGUUGCUUGUUGUACAAGCUGUGUUUCUUCUCGCUCCCGUUCGGAGAGAGUCAAGUCGCCAUAUGUGACGGAAACUUUAUCGUUCCCGACAAUUCCAAGUUCUCCUCCAAGUUGCACUGCUUGAUCAGAUAUAUGCUUGAGCCUGACCAUGAUAAGAGACCAGAUAUCUAUCAAGUCUCCUACUUUGCCUUCAAGUUAGCGGGGAAGGAGUGUCCGGUGCCAAAUCUCUUUAACUCUCCUCUCCCCACAUCACUUCCUGAGCCGCUCACAGCCAGCGAAUUCGCUGCUCGGAAGAGUAUGACGAAAGCCAGAAUCACAGAGUCCGUGGGUCCGACGGCAACUUCAAUCACUCCGAGACAGAGACCCAAAGCAGCAAACAGUUAUGUGCUUCCCGUCCCUGUAGCCAACACAGCGGUCACCCCAGUCGCUGCCACGCCCGUCGUCACACCUACGGCUCAGCCUUCUCUACCUGUCAGCAAUGGGCAGAAAGCAACUACGCCAGGGAACGGGCAGCCGGUGGCUCCACAGACAGCCAACAGGGUCCUCCAGCAGCUGCAGCCUGGAGACCUGCGUCUGCAACAACAAGAUCAGCUUCACCCCGUCCAUCCACAGCAGCUCCUUCAGUACCAGCAGGCCCUUCAGCAGUCGGUCCAGCAGCAGCAGUCAGUCCAGCUCCAACAGCAGCAGCUCCAACAGCAGCAGUCAGUCCAGCUCCAGCAGCAGGCCCUGCUCCAACAACCGAUGACGAUGCAGCCCAUGAACCAGCAACAACAGGCCCACUACACAGCCAUGAUGCACCAGUACCAACAGGCUUUUGGACAGCAUCAACAUCCCACCCAGCAGCUUUAUGUCACCUCUCCUCUGGAGUACCAGCUUCCCCCAGGCUCCUAUAACCCUGCUGGGACUGGGACUGGGACUGGGCCUGGGACUAUGUCCCCUGUUGAGCCUCCAUCCACUAACACCAGUAGAAGCCCUCUGGUGGACUUCAAGGUGACCACCCCUCCCCCCCAGACCCUGGUCACCCCCCGGAGCCUGGUCACUCCCCAGAGCCACCCUCCUGACAUGUCCCGCUGGAACCCCUUUGGAGAGGACAACUUCUCCAAACUGACCGAGGAGGAGCUGCUGGACCGAGAGUUCGACCUCCUCAGAACAAGUAAACCUCUGGAGAGAACCAGUAACCAGGAGGUAGAUCGACCGCUGCAGCCAAUCACCCCCGCCGCCAUGCCCCUCCUCCCCGAAGACCUGUUUGGCUCCUCCCCCUUCCUGUCUAGUGCAGGUUCUAGUGUGGUGGUGAUAACUGAUCCGCCUAUUGAAGAGCUCAGUAACUCAGUCGCUGCCCCCGUACCAGUUCCUGUGGGCCAGCCUGCCCUUGAGGAAGAACUGCAACCUCCGGUGGCAAACGAGAACAAACCAAGUAGGAGGAGAAACUCUCCUGUUGGCGGUUCACAAACGACUCGCAAACCAGGUGGUGACGAAUCAGACAGUGACUUUGAGUCAGAUCCUCCUUCCCCUAAGAGCAGCGAGGGGGAAGACGAGCCGGAGGACGACGAAGGUCUGAACAACGAGCACAGAGAGUUCUUCAACGAACUGGAAGAUUUGGAGGAAACUGAGAUGCUGGGACAUAGGCCUCUGCUGAUGGACUCAGAGGCUGAGGAAGAGUACGACAAACACAGCUCCGACUCAGACUAUGAACCCAGGAACGUUAAGGAAGGACUUACUAGGAAGCUAAAAGGAGGAGUGGCUACUGCCACCCGUGAGGGAAGUCCGAGUGUGGAGUCAGAAGACACACUAAUCACGAUUACGCCUCCCGAGUCGCCUGGUGUGGCGGCUGUUAGAGCCCUCCCCUGUGUCGGUGGCAUUGCGGACGUGUUUGGUGCGGAUGUGUUUGGUGCUGUGCCCUUCUUUCCUCCAGCGGCAGCUCUGGCAGAAAGAGCAGACAUCUUCUCCGCGGCUCCCUUCAGGCAGGUGAGCCAGGAGGCCAUAGUCAACCAGCCCAACCAGGCCAUGGAAGAGUUGGACGUCUUUACUAAGGCUCCGUUCAGCCGGAACCUCUCCAAAUCUGGCAAGACCGGAAGCAGCGACUUCUCUAUGGGUCGGACUCCUUCGGUGUCCCCUGAAAGCAUCGACCCGUUCGGCUUCUCCCCCUUCCAGCCCGGCCCCACGGCACCGCCACCAACCACCUCCAGGAGCGCAGAGGACAUCUUCCGUCCAGCCUUCGAGAAUUCUCUCAGCCCCCAGCAGCAGAGGCUGAAGCAGCGUAGCCUCCAGAAGUUGUCCUCGCGUCAGAGGAAGUUCUCUGGUGGCACCAGCGGUGGCAGCAAUGGCAAGCGCCACCACGGCACGCCCACUGGCGGUCGCAAGAACAACAAGCCCAGCUUCCGAACCCCUGAGCGCGUCCGCCGGCACAAGAAGGCCGGCAGGAGGGACUCCCAGAGCUCCAACGAGUUCCUUAGCACCUCAGACUCCAAGGAGAACAUCAGCGUAACGAUGGCAGACGCCGACAAAGACAAAGGGGCUUCCCUGCCUAGCCUUCCUCAUGAGGUCGACCCCUUCGGAGCCAAUCCCUUUGGUCCUCAGGAUGGCAGCCGACUUAACCAGGGCCAGUACCAAGUGCUUCUGGGGGACAGCAAGGCAGACAUAGGUUCGGCCAAUGGCAGGCCUCGGACUAGCUCGCUCCAUGAUGCGUUUGGGGACGGGAACAUCAUGGAUGACUUUGGGGCGGUACCUUUCACGGAACUGGUGGACCACCCUGAGCCUGAACCGCAGCCGUCAGUGGAGCUGGAUCCCUUCGGAGCUGCGCCGUUCCCCUCCAAACAGUGAAUGUCUUGCUCGUCUUCCUGCCACACACACUCUCGUCUUUCUCAAUCACACACACUGCUGUGUUACACCAAGCCUAUGGAGUUCCGGGGUGAAAUUCCCUUCCAAGGGACGGCAUUUAGCUUGCUGGUGUGGUAGUUGAUUAUACUUUCAGCCAAAUUUAACUGUGAUUGGCAACUGCGCUAAUGUGUUUCCAAUGGUCCCCCCCCCCCCCCCUAAAGGAUAUUUCAAUACAUGAAUAACUGGACUUUGGGAUUAACAAAACCAACAUAAACCUGUGGAGUAUAUCUGAUUUUUAUUUCAGGUUCUGUAUGAAUUUCCUUCACCUGUUAGCUGACAAGCUUUUUAUGCUGCGUCACAAUACGUGUCUCUUGAGACACGGAGAUCGAUUUGGUUUCACUCAAGAUCACACUGUGUCAAACAACAAGAUUGCUCAGUUUUCGGAUCGCUUGAGUUGCUGCUGGGAAAAAAAAAUAAUUGUAAAGAUUGUGGCCUCCGUGAUCUACCGAUGAGAUUCAUUUAGCUCCGUGAUCUACCGAUGAGAUUCAUUUAGCUCCGUGAUCUACCGAUGAGAUUCAUUUAGCUCCGUGAUCUACCGAUGAGAUUCAUUCAGCUCCGUGAUCUACCGAUGAGAUUCAUUUAGCUCCGUGAUCUACCGAUGAGAUUCGUUUAGCUCCGUGAUCUACCGAUGAGAUUCGUUUAGCUCUGUGAUCUACCGAUGAGAUUCGUUUAGCUCCGUGAUCUACCGAUGAGAUUCGUUUAGCUCCGUGAUCUACCGAUGAGAUUCGUUUAGCUCCGUGAUCUACCGAUGAGAUUCGUUUAGCUCCGUGAUCUACCGAUGAGAUUCGUUUAGCUCCGUGAUCUACCGAUGAGAUUCGUUUAGCUCCGUGAUCUACCGAUGAGAUUCGUUUAGCUCCGUGAUCUACCGAUGAGAUUCGUUUAGCUCCGUGAUCUACCGAUGAGAUUCGUUUAGCUCCGUGAUCUACCGAUGAGAUUCGUUUAGCUCCGUGAUCUACCGAUGAGAUUCGUUUAGCUCCGUGAUCUACCGAUGAGAUUCGUUUAGCUCCGUGAUCUACCGAUGAGAUUCGUUUAGCUCCGUGAUCUACCGAUGAGAUUCGUUUAGCUCCGUGAUCUACCGAUGAGAUUCGUUUAGCUCCGUGAUCUACCGAUGAGAUUCGUUUAGCUCCGUGAUCUACCAAUAAGAUUAAUUUAGCACCGUAAAGCCUUAUGGACGUGACUCCGCCUUGCUGCACAGUACCUCGGAAACCAUUUGGCUAAGGAAAUGGCUAACAUUGCCUUUUGUGUCAACGGAGUGAUUUGUUUAAGAGUAGGCCUUUAUCACUUUAUCAUUUCACCCUACUUAGACCCUUUCAUUUCUAUGCACAUUUCUUUCCAUUUAGUCUACUUACAGUAGAUAACAGCUCAUGUUUUAUUUUAUUUAAAUUUUAAUUGCAAUAUAUUCACUAGAAUGAAAGGUAUUCGUUUUGUUUCAUUUCUUUUUAAAGAUUUCUCUUUUAUUAUUUAGCAAAUUUUUUUCAUUUUAGGUUUAAUUCCAGACUUUGAACUUGUCAAUAAGUACUGUUUAAUGUGAUCUUUUACCUCAAACAAUAAAAAAUAUCAUUUUUGAACAAGGGGAAAAACACAACCCAUUUUCCUACACGGCGAUACUGAGUAUAAUAUAUCUGACUACUUCAACCUCUUGAGACGGUCUCCUGUCUUGCAUCUAUUGGUAACACAAGCCAUGCCAAAUCUCCUACCAUUUACUUGUAGUCUAAUUUAGAAUCAGGUCACGUGUCCAAAUUGUUUUAAAUGAAUGCACUUUCAGCGUCAACUCUUCCAUUGGCUAGUAAUUAUGGCAAUUAUGAAUCGUGAGGAUACAGAACGGACAGAUAUGUCACGGUCUGAUAACCAAUUUAUUUGUUUUCAUUCUAUUGAAAGCAUUAACUCUCAAAAUGGCUUCAGAUGUUUUCAUAAUUGUAUGAUUUUAAAAGGGGAAAAUAUGGAAUUAUUUUUGAAUUUCCUGAAAAGUUUGUUUAGGAGAAGAGGUUCUCAGUGACGAUAUGUACCUACCUUUUUGGCACAUUUUAAUGUUGACUGAAAAAGCUCGUUAGCUGCCUUAUUUGCCUAUGGAACCCUGUGAUUUUUAAUAUUUUGUUUCAUUUUUAUUUAAGGUUAAUCUUGUUUUGUAUUUAUCAUGCUAUACUGCUGUCUAAUAAUGCAAUAAACACGUUUGAUUAAA